CCUUAAUCUUUUGUAGUUGUUCUCUACCUCCCCAGGGUUGGAAGAGAGGGGAGAGAGAGAGAGAGAGAGAGAGAGAGAGAAAGAACAACACCCAUACUCAUAUUUCCCUUCCAACCUAAACCAACGCCAUUACACCUUAUACCUACAUGCCUUUUUACCCUAAACCAUCCAUCUCCAAACUCCCAUGCUUAACCUCACCCUCUCUCCUCCUCCAGUGCCGCCGCCGCCACCAGAGCCAGCGUCACCCAAAUCUCAUCACCAUCUCCUCUCACACCCAUCUUUCCACCUGAAACAACAUUUUUUGGUGGGGUGAUAUACACACUAUAUCAAUCUGGGAAGAAACAACAAACACAAAUAUAUACAUCAACCAACAACCAUCUAUGGCAAAGUAGAUACAUAUGUAGGUAUAUAUGUAUAUAUAUGUAAGCACACAUACAUAUAUCAUACAUACAAGAAAGUAAAAAAAAAAAAAAACCAAAGUGAUCCAUGUUGCUCACGCAUGCAGUGCCACUCCUCAACUCAAUUUUCGACAUUGUGACCGUAACAUUCAUCUCUGGGCUUAUAAUCCUCUCGGUGUUAUCCAUAAGCUUCAUCUUCCACCUUCGUUUAAAGUCAAAAUCCCUCACGCAUUUACAGAACUUCAACUCCCUUUGGACCGUGCGCUUCCUCCUUGUCUUGUUCAUAUUCCUAUGGUCCAUCACUGAACUUCUCCGCUUACCUUUUUUUCGCCGAAAAUACAUCUACACUUUUCUACCUACUUUUACUAUAUCCCAACAAGCCAACCUCUGCAAAGUCCACAUCAUACUUUCCCUAGGAUUCUUCGAACCCGCCUUCCUCGUCACCCUCUUGUUUCUCCUCAAUGCCUCUAUUAAAAAGAAAACCCCAAACGAUGCUUGGGCAAUCACCUUCGUGCUCCUCAUUUGUCUCCCCAUCGCCACGCUCCAAGCUUUGCUCAUUUUCUUCUCUCCGUUGGAGAACCGUGUCCCUGUGGAAACCUCUGUGAUUUUCAAUGACGGAUACGGCUUCGACACCGUGCUUUGCACCCACCCCUUCCUUACCAGUGUGGCCUUUGCAGCUUUUGGUAUAACCUACUGCACAUGGUUCUUAUUCUCCUGUUGGAGGGUUUUGUCUCUUGUCAUCAACAAAGGCCUGAGGGUGAGGAUUUACGUGUUGGCAUCGAUAAUACUAGUGGCUGUACCAUUGCAGAUCAUAUCGUUGGGGUUCAGCGUGUUGUGGAGCCCCCACCAGGAAGUGUAUUGCAUCAUUUCCCUUGUGGCCUUUCUUAGCGCCUUUUCUUGCGCCACCAUCGGUGAGGGCAUUCUUGUCAUUAAGCCAAUUUCCGAUGCCUUGGACGCCGGAGGAGAUUGUUGCAUUUGGAGCCCACGACAACUACCACAACUCCAAGGAACUGUCGUUCUUCGUUUAGAGGGACCACCCAUGUGAUGAUUGGUGGUGGAUAUCUAGAAGCAGGGAGGAGGUGGAAGGUGGCAUUGGGAAGGGCAGAGGAAAGGCAAUAAGUAUGGGAGGACGAAGGAAAGGCAGAGAAGUUGAUGAAUGGAAGGGAAAGAGGAGAAAAUGGAGUCAUGAAUAAUUUGUAUGGAAUAUGGCUUUUGGAGAAGAUUCACCAUCGCCAUUGUAAAGGCUGCUCCGCCACCACUA